AUGUACAGAUCCACUUUUAUCAGGUCCUCCGGCACAAGCUCUAGAACGAUAGCCGCAAGGUACAGGUCUGGGGACACAGGGCUCAUGAUUGCUCGAGUAUUGUUCUCGACCUCUGCGACCCGUACACAAGGCGGGAAUCCUCGAUCGCCACUGCAGAUCUUCCGUGACACAUUUAAGAAGGAAUGGGAGAAAUCUCAGGAACUGCAGGAGAACAUAAAGACGCUACAGGACGCUUCGGGGAAGCUAGGUGAGUCUGAGGCGUAUAAAAAAGCCAGGGAGGCGUACUUAAAGGCUCAAAGAGGGUCCACAAUUGUGGGGAAGACAUUGAAAAAGACCGGUGAAACUAUGGAACAUAUAGCCACCAAGGCUUGGGAGUCCGAACUCGGUAAGAACACAAGAAAAGCAGCCUCAGCCACGGCGAAGAAGCUAGAUGAGAGCUUUGAGCCCGUAAGACAGACGAAGAUUUACAAGGAGGUCUCCGAAGUCAUCGACGAUGGUGAAAGUUCUCGGUACGGAGGGUUCAUCACCAAAGAGCAAAGGAGACUCAAACGUGAGAAGGAUUUGGCUUCUGGGAAAAGACAUAGAGCGGUCAAGAGCAAUGACGAGGCAGGCACUGCAGUGGUUGCCACGAAUAUCGAGUCUAAGGAGUCGUUCGGUAAGAAAGUGGAGGAUUUCAAGGAAAAGACCGUGGUGGGCCGUUCCAUACAAUCUUUAAAGAACAAGUUGUGGGACGAAAGUGAGAACCCCUUAAUUGUGGUCAUGAGGAAAAUAACCAACAAAGUCGGCGGGUUUUUUGCAGAGACGGAAUCGUCUCGUGUUUACAGUCAGUUCAAGAUGAUGGACCCUACCUUUUCGAAUGAAAGCUUCACUAGACACUUGAGAGAAUACAUUGUUCCAGAGAUUCUUGAAGCUUACGUGAAAGGCGACGUCAAAGUCUUAAAAAAAUGGUUCAGUGAGGCUCCAUUCAAUGUUUAUGCGGCCCAACAGAAAAUCUUCAAAGAACAGGAUGUUUAUGCCGAUGGCCGUAUUCUAGAUAUCAGGGGUGUCGAGGUAGUGAGUGCAAAGUUGUUGGCCCCUCAAGACAUUCCAGUCUUGGUGGUCGGGUGUAGAGCACAGGAAAUCAACCUUUACAGGAAAAAGAAAACCGGCGAGAUCGCCGCUGGUGAUGAAGCAAACAUCUUGAUGAGCUCUUAUGCCAUGGUUUUCACCAGGGACCCGGAGCAAAUCGAUGAUGACGAAACAGAAGGUUGGAAGAUUCUGGAGUUUGUCCGUGGGGGUUCCAGACAGUUUACCUAA